AUGGCUUCUACACAAGAGGGAAGAAGGACGAAUUGCUUCAAAUAUUUUCAGUUUAACAAAGACACGGACACACCCCAAGAUACUCGAACCAUCCUUCUCACAAUUUUCACUUUGAUUGCUGCAGCGACAUUUCAAGCUGGAGUCAAUCCUCCUGGUGGUUUUUGGCAAGAAGAUGGACCCAAUAACACUGAUCAACACAAAGCAGGCUCAGCAAUAUAUUCGUCACGGAACAUCCCAUAUUACGUGUUUCUGCUGUCCAACACUUUCGCUUUCUCUAAUUCAAUCUUAGUCAUUUUGUCACCGACCCACAAGUUUCCUUUCAAGUUUGAGAUCCGUGCUGCUACUCUCUCCAUGGCUGUCACUGAUGGUUCCGCCAUUUUUGCUACCUCGCCUCCUCAUUGUGUCAAGUUUCGCUUUGUCCUGUUCGUUGCUUUCUUGCCUUCUGUAAUUCGAUUUCUGAUCUCUUUUUACAACUUGUGGUGCUCGUUGGAUAACUCGAUGUCUAUUAGAGUAUCAUCCACGUCAGAUCCUGUUGAAUUCAGAGCACCGCCGAUUUCCAGAUCAUCGCCUGCCAACCGUCGUUCCCAUCUUCCUGAAAUACCAUAG